AUGGCAGCCCUUGGCGCCUCCCAAAACAUAACCACUCCGAGAAAACAGCUCCCAGGUGGAAGAGUUCGGAUCCGCUUGAUCAUCCUCAUCGUCGUUGAAAUCGGUAGCCCGUUCAAAUGCAAUCAUCGAUUGAUACUUGCUGCAGCUGGCUUCCCGCAAAAUUCCCAGCUAAUGCGAUUCGGCCCCACCCCCGCCAAGCCUUUUCAAGUGUGGGUACCCAAGCCCCGAAGUGCGUGGAAGCCCGCGCCCGGGUCCUCCCGCUGGAAGCUGCCAACCAAGCCGCGAUCUCAUUCUGGUGAUGGGUAA